UGCCGCGCCGAGAGGAGGGGCACAAGUCGGGGAUCGCCCGCCUCCCGGCUGGGGAGACACACACAAGCAAGGGAGGGAUGGAGGCUGAGCAUUGCGCCGCGCUGCCACCGCCGCCGCCCUCCUCCUGCCCCCCUCCUCCUCGCGGCGAUGAGGCUGCUGCUCCUGCCCUCGCCGAGCAGCCAGCGUGCCCCCCGGCCCCAGCCCAGCCCCCGCUUCUUCCCGCCUCCCCGGAGCUGCUGGAGUUCGACGACGAUGAGGACCUGGAAGUGUUCAGCAAGGAUGCAUCACUAAUGGAGGUAAAUUCAUUCAGUCCUUUGAUGCCAACAUCCCCAUCUUCAAUGAUAAACCAGUACAGAUUUGAUGAUGAACCAGAAUUGAAGGAUCUUUUUAUUACAGUUGAUGAUCCAGAAAGCCACAUCACUGCUAUUGAGACAUUCAUCACCUACAGAAUUGUUACAAAGACAACCCGUGGUGAAUUUGACUCCAGUGAAUAUGAAGUUAGACGACGAUAUCAGGAUUUCCUAUGGUUAAAGGGGAGACUUGAAGAAGCACACCCAACACUGAUUGUUCCUCCAUUGCCUGAAAAAUUCAUAAUGAAAGGAGUGGUGGAGCGAUUUAAUGAAGAAUUCAUUGAGACGAGAAGGAAAGCACUGCAUAAAUUUUUAAACCGGAUUGCCGAUCAUCCCACUUUAACUUUUAAAGAAGACUUUAAAAUUUUUCUUACUGCACAAGCCUGGGAACUUUCAUCUCACAAGAAGCAGGGUCCUGGCUUGUUCAGCAGAAUGGGACAAACUGUCAAAGCAGUUGCAUCGUCCAUGCGAGGAGGAGCCGUGAAAAACCGCCCUGAGGCAUUUACAGAAAUGAAUGACUAUGUGGACAUAUUUAGCCAGAAAAUCAGCCUAUUGGACAAAAUCUCCCACAGAGUUUAUAAGGAAGAAAAAGACUAUUUUUGUGAAAUGAAGGAGUUUGGCCCAAUCCACACGCUUUGGUCUGCAUCUGAAGAGGACCUAGCGGAGACACUGAAAGGGGUGGCUGGCUGCAUUGACAAGUGUUGCAAGGCCACAGAGAAGCGGAUGGCAGCACUCUCAGAAAGCCUCUUCCCUACUAUACACGAAUAUAUGCUCUACAGUGAAAUAUUAAAGGGUGCUUUGAAAAGAAGAGACCACAUUCAAGCAGAGCUGGAUUCCAAAGUUGAUGCUGUAUAUAAUAAAAAGACAGAAAAUGAUCUGUUGUCAGAAGAAAUUGGAAACCUCGAAGACAAAGUAGAGUGUGCCAAUAAUGCCCUGCAGGCUGACUGGGAUAGAUGGAAGCAGAGCAUGUGUCUUGACAUGAAGCUGGCAUUUAGCAAUGUGGCCGAAAGUAAUAUCCGCUAUUAUGAACAGUCCCUUAGCAAGAAGAGUGGGUGUGAUUCCAAAUAAAGGAUCAUUAACAUGAGCUAACCGGAGAGAGAAAAAUGUGCCUUGCUACCUGGGAAACCUUCUUGACAUCUCAAACAACAGGCAUUUGCUUGGAAGAAUACUCUGAAGAUCGCCCUUGACAUACUCACACACCAAUCUCUUACUUAUCUUCCUCUUAAAUGCUGUUUUUGCCAGCCAAAGAAGUGCUUGAAUGCAUUUAUUCAACAUAAACAAUUAAGAUUCAGCAACAUGUGAACAGCAAGCCUAUUGAAAUCUCAGGUGUUCUACUGUUCUGGACUGUAUUUUGGAUUACAGAAUAUAUAGAGAGAAAGAAAUCCGGCUUGGUUUUCAGCAGUUUUCUGCAUAGAUUUGUUUCCUGAAAUAUGCUGUAAUUUGGAUAUAAAAUAUUUUAAAUAUGUAAAAAUUGCUCAAUUUUAAUAAUAAAAAGUUUAAUAGGAAGAGUCA